UUAUUGUUGCAAAGGUAAGUAGUUCUUUUUACCUUUUACAUACAAGUGAAAGUGAAAAAUGAAAUAAAGUGUCGGGUGAGAAAACAAAACGGAAGAGUGCCUCAGGGCACUUAUAACAGUUUACAUGAAAAUUUGUGUUUUCUUUUUAUUGUUUUUGUUAUGUUUUUUUUGCAGUGCCUGCCAUUGUUUUGUACCUGAAAAUGGAUUUUCGAAACCGUAAAAAGAUCAAACUGAGCGAAAUGACCGAUGAGCAAACUUGUGAAUUUAUGGAAUCGGUUGAAACAGGCGAAGAAGCUGAUUUUAGUAGCGAUGACGAUAUGAAUGAUCCGGAUUUCGAACCUAAUGAAAUAAGCCCCGAAGAUGAACGGUACAUAUCGGAGGUAGUUCACCAAAUUGAUGAAGACGAAUCUGCUUUUUUGAAUAAAGCGGACAAUUUUUCGUUGAACUUGAGUGCAAUCAAGGAAGAUCUUCCCUCAACUUCGCCAAAUGAAGAAGUUGAAGAAGCUUCAGGAGAAGAAGAGCCAUCAACUUCAACACCACGUUUGAAGCCACCAAAACGUGCCCGUUCCCCUUUGCCUGAAUUUGAUUGUAGUGGUCCGUUUAUUGUGCCUUCCUCUGGAGGUUUCAGCGGAACAGCAAUAACCAAAGAUUCGGCUGAGUUUUCCAAAAUUAUAUGGCGAAAACGAUCGAUGUGUUUGCAUGUAAAUGAGGUGGCCUUCCGUGGUGACUCAAGCCUACCAUCUUCGAUCAAAGAGCUUGAAACUCCGAUGGAGAUAUUUCGUUAUUUCUUCACUAAGAAAAUGGUUGACAAGAUUGUUUUAGAAUCGAACCGGACAGCUCGCAAUGUCGAUAUCAACUCCAAGUUCAUAACAUCCGGCGAAGAAAUUUACAAAUACAUUGGCAUUCAUGUUUACAUGAGCAUUUACCGCUAUCCCAAUUUGGAAAGCUAUUGGGGCCCAAAUGCGUUUCAACCAAUAGCAAAAACGAUGCCUAAAGCAAGGUUUAUGGCGAUAAAACAAUAUUUGUCCUUUCGUGAUGAAAACACUAGAGCCAAAAAAGGAGAGCCUGGUUAUGAUGCGUUGUUCCGUAUUAGAACGUUGUCUAAUUUUUUAAACACACGGUUCGAUUCCGUACCCAAAACAGCCCGAUUGUGCGUCGAUGAACAAAUGUGUGGCACCAAAAUAUAACAUCAUCUACGCCAAUACAUGCCAAACAAACCACACAAGUGGGGCAUCAAAUUAUUCGUGUUAUGCGAUACAAGCGGAUUCGCUUAUCGCUUCGAGGUUUAUAAUGGUGCUGGCGACAAUGUGAUCUUACCAGGACAACCAGAUCUUGGAGCCACGUCGAACGUUGUUGUUCGUUUAUCGCAAACUAUACCAAACUUCAGGAAUCACAUUCUGUAUUUUGAUAAUUUUAUUACAUCGUUGCCGUUGUUGGUAUUAUUGCGAGCUCGAGGCAUAUUUAGUUUAGGCACCUUACGAAUUCCUCGAAUUCCCAACUGUAAGCUUCCAAAUGAAAAAGACAUAAGAGACGAACUACGAGGCUAUUCAUGUGAGUAUAUGGGUACAGCAUAUGGUGUUGACAUAACCACAGUCUUAUGGAAAGACAAUAAAUUAGUACGAUUGGCAUCAACAUACGUCGGCGUUCAACCAUUUCAAAGAUCCAAUACAGAUGCAAACAAAAAGCCAUCGAAAGCAGCUCGCAACGACAGAAAGGCGAAGAAAUAUUUGGAAAUUGAUUGUCCUCAAAUAAUCAAAGAGUACAAUAAUCACAUGGGCGGUGUUGACUUGAUGGACGCUCUGAUGGGUCGGUACCACAUACGAGCGAAGUCAAAGGAUGCAAUAACUCGGUUGUUUUACCAUUUCAUUGACAUGGCGAUCACGAAUGCGUAUUUACUACAUAAACGGAUUUAUGCAGAAAAGGUAACUGACUCAAGUCAUGAAUCAGCCGAACACGAACGGGUUUUGCAGUUACCGCGAUUUCGUGAAGCUGUAGCUGCUUCACUGAUAACAUAUCAAGAAAGACGACCCUUUGGUCGUCAAAAAACAGUAACGUCAACAGUAGGAAAUAUAGAGCCAAGCAAUUCGGGCGUUGGCCAAAAGUCAAAACAUCCCGUACAUGAAGUGCGCUACGAUGGUCAAGACCAUUUUCCAAUUUGGCUUGGCAAAGAAGGCGGAAAAAAAUGGUGUAAACUCUGUAAGAAGUCGCAAACACAGUGUGUUUGCUCCAAAUGCAAUCUUCAUUUGUGCUGCACCAACGCAAAAAACUGUUUUUUCAAUUAUCACAAUAAAAAUUAAUUCUUUUGAUUAUAUUCCGUGUUUGCUUAUCUUUGCAUCUUUGCUUUAUCUUUCUUUUCCAAUCUACUACUCUGUCGUGUAUACCACAUCAUAUAUUUGGCAUAAACUGUCAUGAGUGCCCUGAGGCACUCUUUACCUUUUCCUUACCUGUCAUUCGAAAAAACACGCAAAUCACUUGAGGAUGGUUUUUUUGAAUUACUUUACACUCUAAUUAUUCUAUAAAAAAUUCCCACUCGCCUUCUUCCAC